UGCGAAGGAUAAAGGAAUAUCUGGUUGCCAUUCUGAAAGCGGGAGGAUUGCACUUCUCGUCUGUGUUGGCCAACAUGACGGAGCCCAAGCCCCCAGCUCCUCUUACCUGGGGCCAGGUGUGUAAGGAGUGCGGCCAGGCCCACGGUAGCCAGGAGAGCCACCUGUACGACUACCAGGAUGAGGUGGACGACGAGCUGGUCUGCCACAUCUGUCUGCAGCCGCUUCUGCGCCCCAUGGACACCCCCUGCGGACACACCUACUGCUUCCAGUGCCUCAGCAGCUUCUUGCAGGAGCAGGACUUCUGUCCCGUGGACAGGCAGCGGCUGCAGCUCCCGCAGUGCCGCCAGUCCAGCCUGCUGGUCAGGAACCUGCUGGACAAACUGACCGUGCUCUGCCCCUACCACAGCUCCUGCCAGCAGAGCAUGCAGAGGUGUGAGCUGCAGCCACACCUCCACAACAGGUGCCCCGGCUUCAGGAAGCUGCGCGAGGAGGCGGAGCGGAGGAAGAGGCCCCACUGGAACGAGGCGAAGUCGGUCAAGUCCGAGGGGGAGCCGGCGGCGGAGGCCAAGUACCUCAUGUUCUCCGUGAAUGACGUCAACGUGGCCAGCGUCCCUCACGGCGAGGCCAUCUCCGUCCUGCGGCGGCCCUGCGCCUCCCUGCGCAUCACGGUGAUGCAGGAGAAGGGCUUCUCCACCCGGAGCGCCCGGCCGGAGCUCCCGUCCGCAUCGCCGCCCGCCCCCGCCCCCGGGACCGUGAUCCAGGUGGCCCUGCUCAAGAGGGACCGCUCCGAGCCGCUGGGCAUCAAGCUGAUCCGCAAGUCGGAGGAGCCCGGCGUCUUCAUCCUGGACCUGCUUCCAGGGGGCCUGGCGGACAAGGACGGCAAGCUGAGGAACAACGACAAGGUCCUGGCCAUCAACGGGCACGACCUGAGGCACGGCACGCCGGAGAGCGCCGCGCAGAUCAUCCAGCAGAGCGAGGCGCGGGUGAACUUCGUCGUGAUGCGGCCGGCCGAGCCGCCGGGGAGAGGGGUGGCGGAGGGCAGCCCGGGCAGCGAGGGCGCCAGCCGCGGGGCCAGGAGGCCCGAACCCCAAUACUACAGACGCCGAUCCAUGUUCCUGAAGGACCCUCCGGGGGGAUUCUCCAGCCGGGAGAAGACCGUGAGCCUGAAGAAGGAGCCCCGGAUGUCCCUGGGCAUCACCAUCUCGGGGGGGCGGGACAGCCGCAGCAGGGUCCCCGUCUACAUCACCAGCGUCCAGCCUGUCGGCUGCCUUCACCACGACGGCACCAUCCACACGGGGGAUGUGCUGCUGAGCAUCAACGGGGUGGACCUGACGCAGCUGACGUACAAUGAGGCGGUGUCGGCUCUGAAGGCCCAGGCCAGCCAGUCCUCGGUGGUCCUGAAGGUGGUGGAGACCCUGUCUGGGGAUCCCCAGGAGGAGGAGGGCAGUGACGAGGAGGGCCAGGAGGACAUGGAGGUGCUGGAGCCCCGGGAUGAGGCCAUCAGCUGGGUGCCGCUGUGGACCAGCUGGCUCGGGCUGCCCAGGUGCGGCGACGAGAUCGUGGCAGUGAACGGAGCCGCCACAGGAGGCAUGAACAACUCCUCCCUCAUCCCCAUGCUGAAGCUGCAGAAGAACCAGGUCACCCUGACGGUGGUGUCCUGGCCGGGGAGCCUCGUGUAGCGCCCUCUGCUGUGGGAGCUGCGGGAAUGACCUUUGACCUCGGACCUGCGUCCGCCAGCAGGGCCCCGCGCGCUCCCGCUAAAGCAAGAGGAAGUGACGUUUCCCCCCCCACCCUCCCACUGCAGUUGCUGUUUUAUCUGGCGGCUUGUUUGCACAUCAUCCCUCCCCCACCCUUCUACCCCCCUUUCCCCCCUUGUCGUUGGGAGACCAGCAGAAGGCUGUGUUGCAGCCCUCUGGCGGCGGGACGCGCUGGGGACACCUGGCCUGCAGCGUCGCUGCGUGAGCGCAGCUGUGGGCUGUCCUCCCCGCGUGCUGCCUGUCUGGGUGGACAGGGGGGAGAAGACUCCGCUGUGAAGCAUGAACAACCCAGACCUUUCUUUUUUUUUUUUUUUUGAAGGGUUUGGAUUUUUCUAACAGUUUGUGUGUCCGGCGAUGGUAGAAUUAAAAAUCUUCUCUGAUGUUUUUAUGGGCCGUGCCUUGCAUGGCUGGAAUAAGGACCUUGUUUGUUCUCCACGCUUUAGGAGACGGAUAUUCUCGUACCCUCUCUAUUUUGUAAUGCUGACAUUUUGUCGCACUGAACCUACAGCUGCGUGAUUUCCCCCUUGUGCAGUGAAGCUGCGCUCUGAUUUCCUGUGCUCUCUGUGCACCCUGCAGUGAUGAGACUGGUGCCACUUGUGCCAGUGGCUGGAAUUCUGACACACCAUGGUCAUAUUUUUGUGCCUUAUUAAUAUCUUAACCAGAGCCCUGUUCCAGAAGGAGAAAAGACAUUAAAAUGACCAAUGGGAGUAGGCCUCCUGCAAUGUGACCUUUAGACUCAAGAGAGAAUCUGCUCCCAUUAAGAAGUAUAGCUCAAGGUCUGUGUAGAAAUCACAGUGGUCAUCACAUUCCAAAGCUGUGUCAUAGUUUUAAUCAAGGUGCUUUUCAUUGAGUACAGUACAUGGCUGUGCCUGUGAUUUUCUUUCCACUGUCAUUGGGUGCAUAUCUACGGUACGUGUUACUUAAUUCACAAAACCCCACAACGCUUCAGCCUUUCUUAAUCUACACCUCACAGUGGGUGGUCGAAGAGGCUGUGGAGCUUUGCCGCUGAAGAUGUCUUUGAAUUCAGCACUGAUAGAGAGCAAUGGAGUGAGAGCACUCAUAGAGUGAAGUCUUAUUUAUACCUAUUUAGUGUGACCAUAGAAUUCUAGUAACCAAAUGUAAGGUAUAAGCUUGCUAAAUGCAUAUGAAAAUAAAUACCUUGUAAAUUUAGUUUGGUAUUUUUAAGGUAAGCUUCUCAAUCUUCAGUGUUAAAAAAAAAAGUAAAUGAUUCUGUAAGAAUUUGUUUUGGACUUUGAAAGAGACGCUGUAAAGCGUUUGUACAGCUGGGAUGUUCAAGACUGUAUCCAGUAAAGUCAUUUUCUACUUUGCCUCCCUG